GAGAGAGGGAGGCGAAGUGAGGUGAGCGGCGUUGAGGCGAGGGCGAGCACAGGCAGGCUUGCAUCCAGUGGAGCGUGUCGCCAGUGCCGAAGUGACAGCGGAGAAUGGAGACGAGGCUCCAGGGGCGAGCUGAGACCGCGGCGAGCGAGGAGAACCCACUCGGCUCUUUCCCUCUGGGGCCAGCGCGUUGAAAGGAAUCGGGAGGAAUUGAACUUUUCGGGGGCACGGGAAGGGAAUGGCCGAUCCUCUGCGGAGGACUUUACUAGCGAAACUCCGGGGGAAAAAAUCCAAGAAAGGAGAGACGCUCGGCGCUGGAUUGGGCUCCGCUGCCGCCGCUGCGAAUGUGGGCCGAGAAGGUAAAGAAAAAGUUUUGCAAAUGCAGCGAGACUCCGUCGAGGCUCGCCCGGUAGUCACGCUAUCAGGCCUGGAUUACACGGCAGAGAGAAUGAGCACGUACGAGAAUUGGGUUGACGGGCCGGCGGCGCAAGCCGCGGGGCUCGAGUUGCUCCGGCUGGCUCGCUCGGUGGAGCUAGCCGGCUCACGUCCGCCGUUGCUGAGCAGCGGGGGCAGGGGUCGGGUUAAUGGGCAGCUCCCGGGGGCCUCACUUCAAAGAGAGGAGCGCUUUGCGGGACAUGCGAUUACAGAGGCUGAUACGAGCCACUGGGAGCCCGCGGUCGCCCUCUCGGGAGGGGCGUCGUUUGCCCAGAGGAAACACUUCAUCUCAGUCCCGUGGCAAUGCAGCGUCGGGGAUUCAAUUGGCUUCGGGGACAACUCCAAUAAUAGUUCUUCCCUUGCACCAACUGUCAACUGCACUGCUUCUGAUUGUGAGCCCCUGGGUCGUGGACAUUCCCGACACGUGUCAAGAACUACCGUUGCUGUAAAGGUACACGAUGUCGACGACCGAAGUUCGGAGACGCCUGCGCUUGCGAAGCAAAGCGCAGCUCACGCAGAAGAAACCCUCUUCCGAACAAUUCAGAGCUUUGACCCUGCGUACUCAGAGGACUUCAGGGGCCCUCUGCAGAGCCCAGCCGUCUUCCCAACUGAGCUAGAAAUAUGUGACAUGAACGUGGCAUCCAUGUGUGACACAAAGGGAUCGCUCAUGGGUCCUUUAGACAGUGAAGAUGAUGAUUAUUAUGAUAAUGAAAUUCUGCCUUUCUAUGAAACGAGAGCAAGAAUCGCAAUGGAUGGAGGAGAUGUUGCGGCGCUGCCCCAGAUAGGUCAGGGUGAAGCACAAGCUGACGAGAGCCACGGUGCCCAGGAAACAGACAGGCUUAGGAACCAGCUCAAAGAGGCGUAUUACCUCCUGAUUCAUGCUAUGAAUGAUAUCAAUUUGGACCAGCAGGUAAGUGCUGGUUUCAGUGAGAAUCACACCACCUCCUCCUGUAGUAGCCACUCUAGGGAUAGCUUGUGCUCAAGGUUGUCUGGCAGAAACAUGGACAGUGACUCGUGGUACUCUGGGGGUGACCACAGCCCCCAGCAGGUGUCUGACACAGAUUCCUUGCUACUGUGCCUUGGUGGAAACAUUGAGUCAGGUCUCAAAAGCACACGAAACAGUAAGAGCAUGAUGAAUCUAUCUCAGGAAAAGAUAAAACCUACUUUUGUGCGUUCUGCCAGUGACGGAGACUUUAGGUAUGCAGGUGGACCUUUGCAGUUCACCAAUCCUCUUAGAGCCAGUUCAGUCGUGUGUGACGAUGAAGUUGUUUCACAGCAAAAAUCAGAUCAAGAGAGCGAGGAGGCUGAAGUUAUAGGAAUGGGUGAGCUUGCAAAACCUCAGAUGGUCUACAAUGUACCCAGCGCUGACAGCCGUUUUCAUGAAGCUGCUGGUGAGAGCCUUGUUGAAAGCAGCGGUUCAGUCAACAGCCUUACUGGCUCUUCGGACAGCAACACAGAGGGAUCAGUGCCUCCUGGUUCUGAUUACAAGCAGCAGCCAACUGGAGUUUCAGCACAGGGAGGCAACUUAGUCAACAAGGGCCAUGGUGUCACCGUCCACAAAAUGCAACAGUGGAUGCACAAAGGUCGCCUGUUGUCAUCUGAAAUGAAGCAACGGAUAGAGGGUUCAUCCUCGCCCCGCGGUGGGAGCCAAAACCAUGAGCGUCCCUCUCCUCAGGCGAGCCCGGGGGGAUCGGGGGUCCUAACAUCCGGCCGAGUGGUAAAAACUGUGAAGUCCCCUGCGAGCAAGACACCACAGCAUUCAGCUCUCAUUGAGAAUGCCCAAACUCAAGAGCCUGCCAGGGCCAAUGAGCUUUCAGCAUGGCGACCACACCUCCACUCCAUCACGGUGGCCAAGAAGCGCAACUGGCUGCAGCAGAGCACCCUUGGAAAGGGGAACCAUUCCAGUAAGGAUGAGCUGCAGGGCAAGCUGGGAGCUGAGGAGGAGGCCUGCCUGGGCUACCCACAGCUGCCACCUCCACCCAGUCCUUCCCCAGAGCAACUGAGAUGUUCAGGGGCACCAACUGCACGGCCGGCCCACCUGCAUCUACCCAAGGUGAGUGUGUCGCCUCACCCCAGAAGUGUGGACCCAGCAGAAGAGAAUGAUGCCGAUGACGAAGGGGAGAUCUGGUACAACCCAAUUCCUGAGGAUGACGAACUUGAGGUGUCCAACAGACCCUCUGUCCGACUGCGUGCCCCCUCUCGAACUGAGUCUCAGAGGAGGCCCUGUAGGGGUCACAAUGGGAGGACCCUGGAGACCAGUGGGCCAGACUUGCUCGGAGAAAGCAGCUCAGGAGAUGGAAGUCAAGGAAAUGCUGCACAUUCGACAGAGGCGCUACAUCUGCACCGACAGAUGCUUAUGUGUAAACCUCAGGAGGAGGGAGGGCCUUCCACUAGCAAAUCUAUUGACGUUCCUGACUUGCCCAAUAGUGUUGGAUUCUCCCCUCCUUCCAGCCCAAACCCUACUAAGAAGAUCAGCUCCAUCAACUGGUCAUUCCCAGACAAGAUCAAGUCUCCGCGCACCGUCAGGAAAAUCUCCAUGAAAAUGAAGAAGCUUCCAGAGCUCAGCCGGAAACUCAGCGUUAAGGGUCAAAGCAGCAGUAACAGCAGUGGAAGUAGUUACUUAGAGCACAGAUCCCAUUCACUCCGAGCCACAGGUGGGGGGUCUGAUGCCACAUCCCAUAGUGCAGGCCCUCAACGAUUGAUUGUAUCUGGUGUUGGGCUUGCCAGCCGAAAUGUGAUCUCACGCUACCACUUGGACAGCAGCGUGUCCACACAGCACAGCUUCAAUAAGAAGAAAAACAAUGCCAGCUCCAAAUCUGCCACUAAAGGUGGAUACUUAAGCGAUGGCGAUUCACCAGAGCUGGUGGCUAAAUCUGGGAAGCACUGUCCUGUUGAGGGCAAGGGAGGCAGAUGUAAGGACAUAGAAGGACCAAGUGGAAGCUCAAAACUAAAUGGUACAGAUUUGGACAUAGAUGCUUUCCGACAUUAUAGUUUCACAGAGCAGCCCAAAUGUAGCCAGUACAUCUCUGGACUGAUGAGCCUGCACUUUUAUGGUGCUGAGGACCUCAAACCGCCUCGCAUUGACUCUCGCGAUGUCUACUGCGCCAUUCAAGUGGACUCCGUUAACAAAGCACGGACUGCGCUACUUACCUGUCGAACUACCUUCUUGGGGAUGGACCACACCUUCAAUAUCGAGCUGGAGAAUGCCCAGCAUUUGAAGCUUGUUGUGUUCAGCUGGGAGCCUACGCCAAGGCGAAAUCGUGUCUGCUGUCACGGCACAGUGGUCCUACCUGCACUCUUCAGGGUAAUACGCUCCCACCAGCUGGCAGUUAAGCUGGAACCUCGCGGGCUGAUAUAUGUCAAGUUGAACCUUAUGGAGCAGUGGCAGAACUCCUUCGAUGGAAGACCAGAUGGCAACAGGGAGCCCCAAGUCUUUGGUGUGGAGGCAUGGCGGGUGGUGGAGAGGGAGGACACUGGACUCUUGGUGCCGCUGCUUAUAAGCAAAUGCAUCCAUGAGAUUGAGAAACGAGGUUGCCAGGAAACCGGAGUGCCCGGAGAAAACCCACGCAGGCACGGGGAGGACCUGCAAACUCCAAACAGGCGGGGCCCGGGAUUGAACCCCAGACCUCAGAAAGUCUGCAUCACUGCAGACGCUGCACCUAUCCGUCUGUCGAUCUCCCUGUGGGACGUGCCCAGAACACCUCACCAGGGAGGCGUCCGAAUCAGAUGCCCCAACAACCUCAUCUGGCUCCCAUCAAUGUGGAGGAGCAGCCGCUCUACUCUGAGCUCCUCCCGGAUGACCAAGCUUCUCACCCUAUCUCUAAGGGACAAACCAACCAACAUUACAACAUGACAGAAAUAAUGGGUGCUAACUUACUGGAAUUCAAUUACUGUAAUUUCUUGUGUAUAAUACGCACCCAUGUAUCAUACGCAGCCCCAAAGUCGACUUCAAAAUUCUGGAAAACCCUUCUGCCUAUGUAUAAUGCAUUUUUACAAUGAAUUUCCUUCUACCCAUAUGAUCAAAACAUGAAGUAUUAGCUGUAUUCUGGUUUUUUUUUUCAAAGAAUUAUUCUGACGUUAAUCACUUUAUUUGAACACAUAAUACUUUCUUUUUAUUUACUUGCUCUUAUUUUGAAAUUCACAGCCCUACUUUUAUUUAGUAAAUGACAAAACACAUAGUUGUGCUCAUGUUUGAUUACCCAGGCAGAAUUUGUAAAAUGGGUACAAUUCUUGAAAGAGAACAUGAAGCACCAGGCGAAACACAUUUAAUUUUAUUUUAAUUGGAUUAAAAUUAAACUGUCAAGUAUUUCAGAAAAGCAUGAUCCUCAAACAAAACAUAACCAUAAAGAAAUGAAUGAUGGUUGUUGUUCAGUCAUCAGUCGUAUUUAAAAAAACAAAACAAAACAAAAAAACAAUAUUUCACAAAUUCUGCCAUGGUAUGUAAACUUAUGAGGACGACUGUACAUAUUAUGCAGUCAUAUGUACAUCCGUCAUAUUGGAAUGAAAGUGUAGGCUGCACCUUUCUCAUACCCUCCAGGUGGCGGUGGCAUAUUGGAAUGAAAGUGCACAGCUUUUCCAUAACGUCUCGAUGACGGCAUACAUUUAUAAAAUGGGAACGUUUUUUUUCAUUUUUCCCUAUACCUAUGUAUAAUGCGCACCAUUGACUUUUGACAUUCUGCGGGGGGGAAAUGCGCAUUAUACACCAGAAAUUCCAUCCAUCCAUUUUCUUCCGCUUAUCUGAGGUCAGGUCGCGGUGGCAGCAGCCUUAGCAGGGACGCCCAGACUUCCCUUUCCCCAGCCACUUCAUCUGGGAGACAUAGUCUCUCCAGCGUGUCAUGUGUCUUCCCCGGGUUCUCCUCCCUGUGGAACGUGCACAGAACACCUAACCAGGGAGGCGUCCGGAAGGCAUCCGAAUCAAAUGCCCCAGCAACCUCAUCUGGCUCCUCUCAAUAUGGAGGAGCAGCGGCUCGACUCUGAACUCCUCCCAGAUGACCUCACCCUAUCUCUAAGGGGGACCCCGGACACCAUGCGGAGUAAUCUCAUUUUAGCCGCUUGUGUCCGGGAUCUUCUUCUUUCUGUCACGACCCACAGCUCUUGGUAGGAAUGUAGAUAGACCGGUAAAUUGACAGCUUCACAUUUUGGUUUAGCUCCUCCUUUACCACAACGGACCGAUACAAAGUCUGCAUCACUGCAUACACUGCACCGAUCCGCCUGUCUCCCGUUCCAUUCUUACCUCACUCGUGAACAAGACCCCAAGAUAUUUGAACUCCUCCUCCUGGGUCAGGAUCUUAUCCCCGUCCUGGAGAGGGCACUCGACCCUUUUCCGUCUGAGGACCAAGGUCUCAGAUUUGGAGGCGAACCACUCGCAGCCAAGUGCGAACCACUCCAGUGAGAGUUGGAGAGCAUGGCUUGAUGAAUCCAAUAUAACUAACCACACCCUCUUCAAAAAGCAGAGAUGCAUUACUGAGGCCACCAAACCGGACCCCCACUACGCCUCGGCUGCGCCUAGAAAUUAUGUCCAUAAAAGUAACGAACCGAAUCGGUGACAAAGGGCAGCCUUGGCACAGUCCAACCCUCACCGGAAACGAGUCCGACUUACUGCCAGCAAUGCAGACCAAACUCUGACACUGGUCGUACAGGGACCGAACAGCCCGUAUCAGGAGGUUUGAUACCUUAUACUCCCGAAGCACCCCCCACAGCACUCCCCGAGAGACACAGUCGAACGACUUCUCAAAGUCCACAAAACACAGGUAGACUGGUUGGCCGAACUCCCAUGCACCCUCGAGGACCCUGCCGAGGGUGUAGAGCUGGUCCACUGUUCCAUGGCCCAGAAGAAAACCACACUGCUCCUCCUGAAUCUGAGAUUCGACUUCCCGACGGACCCUCCUCUCCAGCACCCCUGAAUAGACCUUACCAGGGAGGCUGAGGAGUGUGAUUCCCCUGUAGUUGGAACACCCCCUCUGGUCACCCUUCUUAAAAAGAGGGACCAUCACCCCAGUUUGCAAAUCCAGAGGCACUGACGCGAUGUCCACGCGAUGUUGCAGAGGCGUGUCAACCAGGACAGCCCCACAAUAUCCAAGCCUUUAGGAACUUCGGACAGAUCUCAUCCACCCCCGUUGGUGCCCACCAAUGUGUUCGGGGAUUGCCGCCACGACAGGCACCGAUCACCUUAUGGCCACAGCUCCGGUCGGCCGCAACAGCAAUGGAGGCGCGGAACAUGGUCCACUCGGACUCAAUGUCCCCCGCCUCCCCCGGGACAGGUUCAAAGUUCUGUCGGAGGUGGGAGUUGAAAUUCCUUCUGACAGGGGACGUUCCCAGCUGUAUGUUUGGGCCUGCCAGGUCGGACCGGCAUCUUCCCCCACCAGCUGGGCCAACUCACCACCAGGGGGUAAUCAGUUGACAGCUCCGCCCCGCUCUUCACCCAUGUGUCCAAGACAUACGCUCGCAAGUCCGAUGACAUAACCACAAAGUCGAUCAUUGAACUGCGACCUAGCAUGUCCUGGUGUCAAUUGCACGUGUGGACACCUUUAUGCUUGAACAUGGUGUUGAUUAUGGACAAUCCGUGAUGAGCACAGAAGUCCAAUACCAGAACACCGCUCGGGUUCUGAUCGGGUUGGGGGGGGGCGGGGGCGUUCCUCCCAAGCACACCCUUCCAGGUCUCACUGUCAUUGCCCACGUGAGCAUUGAAGUCCCCCAGCAGAACAAUGGAGUCCCUAGUGCAAGCGUUCUCCAGCACCCCUUCCAAGGACUCCAAAAAGGGUGGGUACUCUGAACUGGUGUUUGGUGCAUAGGCACAAACAACAGUCAGGACCCAUCCCCCCACCCGAAGGCGGAGGGAGGCUAGCAUCUAGUCCACUGGGGUGAACCUCAAUGUACAGGCGCCGAGCCGGGGGGCAAUAAGUAUACCAACACCUGCUCGGUGCCUCUCACCAUGGGCAACUCCAGAGUGGAAGAGAGUCCAACCCCUCUCAAGAGGACUGGUACCACAGCCCAAGCCGUGUGUGGAGGCGAGCCUGACUAAGUGUAGUCAGAACUUCUCAACCUCACACACCAACUCGGGUUCCUUCCCUGUCAGAGAGGUGACAUUCCACAUCCCGAGAGCCAGCUUCUGUAGGCGGGGAUCGGAUUGCUAAGGUCCCUGCCUUCGGUCACUGCCCAGCUCACACUGCACCCGACCCCUAUGGCCCCUCCCACAGGUGGUGAGGCCAUGGAAAGGGGGACCUAUGACCAUAAAUCCAUAUUGUUCAUCAUAGAGGUCUUUUAGCCGUGCUUUGUCUGGUCCCUCACCUAGGACCUGUUUGCCAUGGGUGACCCUACCAAGGGCGUGAAGCCCGAGACAACUUAGCUCCUAGGAUCAUAGGAACACACAAACCCCUCCACCAUGAUAAGGUGACGGCUCCAGGAGGGGACACAAGAAUAUAUGGUACUAAUUAAAUUACUUCAGACACAACAAAACUUCAGAGCAUGAUUCAAGAGAACAGCGGCAUGUUUACGUACAACCAUUAGUGCUCGCACUCGCUUGCUUGGCUACAUAACGUUUUGUUGGCUGCUUGUGAUCCGUAUCGUAUUAAAAGUAUGUGAACAUACCUCAAGCAGUCCUUGAAUGAACGUCUUCUCAUGAGCACCGGUGACCACCAUCACAGGUUUUUCCCCCAUUUUGUUAUUUUUUUACCAACACAAUACAUACGUGAUCCAUUGUUGUGAUCGUGGCCGUGAUAACGAUUGUAUCCGGUCGAGUUUGAGUUGACAAGGUAAACCCAAGUGAUCGUAAAAGACGGGAAACGGAAUACAAGGUUUUAUUGCAGUAGUCUGACAUAGUGCAAUCUUGAAAGACCGAAUUGGUUUUGUAGUCUGAUCCAGGCAUUACGUUAUUUAUUAUAGGCUAUUUUCUUUUUAAAUGUAGCAUUCUAUUUGUUGAAGGUCACAGAGCUUACGUUCCCGCUUUUAAAAUACGGUUUCUAGGAAGGUUUGUUUUUGGACCUUUUAAAUGUGUGUGUAAUGAAUUAAAUGCCAGAAAUAUGCACGGCCAUUUUUCUAAAUGAAAUAAUCAGCGGAUGUGCUGCAGGCAAUAGAGGUGAUGGUUAUAUUUUUUGCUGGAAAUUAUGGCCUGGUACCAAAUAAUCUACGGCCCGGUGGUUUGGGACCCCUGCUGAGUUAUAUUCUGAGAAUUCUUGAUCAUGCAUAGACAUUCUUCCAUGAAUUGCAUACAUUUGCAAUGAAAAUCAGGACAAUUUAAAAUUUAUAGGAUGAACAGUGGGGUCAAUGAAAUGAGAGAGUUAAUAUUUCAUAGUAUAAUGAGUCCACUCUCAUUUUAGACAACCUGCAACGCUGUUAAGAGGUUACUUGUUUAUGUUUAUGUAAUGAACUUUGCUGUUCAUGAAUUGUUCAUGAUGAUUGCUCCCUGUUCUUGGGUAUAUCUGUUUUUAUCUCUACCCCUUCAUUCCCCAGUUUGCUGCUUUCUUUAAUUACUGAAAUAUUGUGUACAGUCUGUAUGAGUAGGAGAUCAAGUAAUACUAGUGACAAGUAAAGGAUAUCCCUCAGGUUAUAGGCAGACAGAGGUUAUGAGAGAGUUGACACCAGAUCCCAUAGGAAUCUGCUGGUUGUGUCACUAAAACACGCAAGGGCAGACACAGUGUGCAGUGUGGUUUUACAAAUAAUUUUGCAGCUCUUUGUUGCAAGCUGUUCGUCAGAGUCACAAUCACAUGACCUCAGGGUUCGACAAGCUUUUAAGAUGCUGGAUGAUUGUUGGGCUUUUGAAAAGAUGUCCAGUAAUGCCUGUCUCAAGCACUGGAGUUAUGAAUGUGUCCAACUAAGAUACUUUCUUUGUUUACUUGAGAGCUAUCAUGGUAAACUACGGUACAUACUGUCCUACAAGGCAGUUAAACAUGUACAUAGAAUAGUGGGUGAGACAUGCUUUCAGUGCCAAGAGGAGCACUUGCUCUGUUCUUGUGUACAAUUGUAUUUUCUUGUCAUUUUUAAGUAUUGUAAAUGUAAACACAUUCCACUUCUCCAAACUGUUACACUCCCACAAAUGUAUAUGCUAAAUUAAGAUUUGUAUACGUAGUCCACAAGAUUAGGCACUACUAUUUAGGCAUGUAUGCAAUGUCGUUAGAUAUGUUAUACAAACUCUUUAAGCAUUUUUGAGUUCACAAAGAUAAUGCUGUUUUAAGCGUCAAAGAUAUUUUAAUAUAGUGUUGACUGUUGUUGACUAUUGUGUAUUUUACUAUAGUUUUACUAUAUUUUGAGUCAAUGUGGAAGUUUUGAUGUAACUGUAUUUAGCCAGAGUCACUGAUGGUGUAGUGGUACACUCGCCUGACUUUGGUGCAGGCAGCGUGGGUUCAGUUCCCACUCAGUGACGGUGUGAAUGUGGGUACGAAUGGUUGUCCGUGUCUAUAUGUGCCCUGCGACUGACUGGCGACCAGUUCAGGGUGUAGUCUGCCUUUCGCCCGAAGUCAGCUGGGAUAGGCUCCAGCGCCCCGCGACCCUAACCAGGAUAAGCGGUGUUGAAAAUGGAUGGAUGGAUGGAUGGAUGUAUUUAGCCAUUGGUAGUAUAGCGAUUCACAUACUGAAUUUUGUGUUGUCUAGAGGAUCAAUCCUUACACAAUGCACUCUUGACAAAUUUUGGCAACCAGUCCAGUCAAGUCAGCUGUGAUAGGCUUCAGCAUCUGUUGUGAACCCUGCAUAGGAUAAGCAAAAUAGAACAUGGAUGGAUGCAUUAAAUUAUAAUUUAUCAACUCCUCCAAUAGUUACAGCAACAUCACCCUUAUUUUACUGUUAUCCAUUUAUUAAAUCCAUAUGAUGUCUGGUGGAACACAUUAAAAUCAACCAAAACGAUGCAAAUUCAGUUUCUUUGAGGCUCCAUUUUCUACAAAACUUUUGUAUUGAAUCUCAUUGAAUUGUGCAAGUAUACUUAAAGUACCUAACUGUGUAUCCUUUAAUUCUAUAUAGAGCAUCAGUAUAUAGCGUAAUCUCUUUUGUUAGAAGAGAUGCGUUCUAAUAACGCUCGCAUGUUAAUAUUGUCUGAACAGGGCCACAAAUUGUUAGAAUUACUUUUGGCUCACACUCAAGAGCAUUAAUAAAGUCAAGUACCCAUUUCCCUCUUCCUUUGUGAUUCUGAUAGUUCAGUCAUUAAACUGAUUUCAGACUAAACACAAAUCCCUUUGAUCCCAUCAUUGGUCUCAGCACCCUACCAAGAUUGCCCAUGCUUGUUGAAGAAACGUGUUUUGUUUGACCUAUUCUCGAUACAGGCUUGCUGCUGCCUGUCGUGUUGCUUGGCAGCCGCAGUGUAUGGAGUACAAGUCCUCUUCCGCUAACAGCUGUUACCCGCCUGUGCUCGACUGACUCCCAAACACACAAUUUUUUUCUGAAUGGACUUGUUGUUCAUUGUGCCCACUGACUUCUGUUUACUUGCACACAAAGCUAAAUCCUCAGCUAAUCUGUCCUUGUCUCUCCCACUCGUGUGAGGUUUACAAAACGCAGUUCACCUCAACAUGGUGGGCUCGGAAAUAGUUUGACCUGGUGAGACAUUCUCAUGUUUCUACUCUAGAGCCCGGAAAGAGCAGUAGUAUGGGUGGAUGGUUUUUUUGUGGAACAGGGUCCAACUAGCCAUUCACAGCCCACUGACUUAACACGUUGCUCGGGCAACCACACCAGUUGGUCAGCCAUGCCACAUACCAGACAGACUCAUGUAGGAGAAAUUAUGGUAUGUCAGCAGCCGGCCUUAAUCCUAACAUAAGAAGACAACUGGUGUCUGGUUUCACUAUCAAAUGUCAAUGACGGGAUAAAGCUGUGCAGAGUUUCACUUGCUAGAGGCUUAGGUAAAGACACAUACUGGAAGUGUCUUUUCAGGUUGCUGCUCUACGUUUAUCGUGGAGGUGCAACAGUUAAUCGAUUAACCUACAACUAAUCAAUUAUUAAUCGACAAACAUUUUGAUCAUCGAUUCAUCGUUUCAAGACCUUUUGUAACUUAAAAUUGUCUAAAUCCUCUGAUUUCAGCCUCUCAACAGUAAAUAUUCUCUGAUUUCUGUAGUCCUCCAUGAAAGCAGACUGAUUAUCUUUGUGUUUUAACAAAACAAGUCAUUGGCAAACAUCUGCUUCUACUUUGGAAAACAUUGAUCAACAGUUUUAUAGAACAAAACAUUAACUGAAUCAUAAUCAAUUUAUAUGUGCAUUUUCUGAAUUGUCAAUUUGGAAUAAUGUCCUGUUUUUUUAAAAAACGAUGGAUAUUAAAUUUUUAUUUUUUUUUCUCAUCUGAUUCAUCGAUUAAUCUAAAAAAUGAUCAACAGUUUAAUCGAUUAUUGGAAUAAUCGUUGCAGCCUUAGUUUAUGACGUUUUCGUUUUAACACUGCACUCAUUUGGGUUUUUCUGAGGGCACAUUGUUUGUCCAUUCAAUCAAAGAAGAAUGUGUGACUUGGAAUGAAUCAUUGUUGAAUGUCUAGAUGUAGCUCUGCAAAACACAGUGCUCUGAAAGUGGUAUUCACGCACGUCAUAUUGAAAGUUAUACAAUGGGUGUAAUUUUUAAAAAAUCUAGCAAUGUUUAACUCCAGUACUAAUUCUAACAGCUUUAAAACAUUCGGGCCGACUUUCAUGACGAAUGAUAUCAUUCAGGAUAACACUUUGUUACAAACCAGCAAAUUUUAGCAAACUGAUCCAUAAUAUAUAAAUUUACAGUUAUAUUAAUAUUGCCUUGAUUUGUAUUAAUUAAAGAAACCCUGUUCAGUCAUUUAGGGUUAUUGUCAUAUGCGUAUUACUGUUUGUUCUAUCAAAAAGAUUUGUUGCGGACUGAUGCUGCCUUGCAUAUAGCUACCUCUUCCUCAAUGAAGUGAUAAAGUUAUUUAACAAGCAGCCCUAACAUGCACUAUAUCACUAAGCAUCUCACGAUGACGACAACCCAUCACUACUUCAAAUGCAUUGCCUCUUCGAUUCGUUCAGGGUGUGAAAAUAUAGCUCUGUAUACUUUUGUUUGACUCUUGCAUGAGCAGUGUAUGUUUACGUGAUCUAAUUUCACGUGUGGGGUGUG